AUGGCAACACGCACUCCGCGAUACUUGAGCCAAGAGCAGACAUCCCAAAGGCCUGCUCCACGGAGGAGAAAGUGGGCUCCUAAGAGCAAGAGCGGAAUCAGAAGAGUCAAGUGUGACGAAGAGAAGCCACAUUGUCGACGAUGCGUCUCAACAGGUCGAAAAUGUGAUGGAUUUGUAGAGCAUCUUCGAUAUUCGCCACCUCAGUGUGAAGAGCAUCAACAUCUUGAUCUCUUCGGAUUGACACACGACAAUAUUCCUCCUACCGGUCUGCCGAGCCGUGACUAUCACGCAUGUUGGCGACCUUUGAUUGAAAGCCUGCCUCCCAGGGCGGUCGCACGUCGAUGUAUGCACAUUGGUGAGCGGGCCGAAGGAUUUCCACUGCAGUAUCCUUUGGCAGAAUCGUGGAAUGACCACUGCCUGCCUCUCGUCAUGAAUAAGUUCUUAUUUGACAUGGCUAAGAGUGUCUACAACGCCAUCCCCUGUGUCAUCUCAAAGGCACACGAAAGAUCUGCACUUUACCUAGUCUGCAACGCCGUUGGGUUUGCUUAUAUGGCCAAUGCACACCGGUCUCUCGACACUGCCAUCAAUCGAUCAAGGGCGUAUGGAGCCGCCCUUGCGGCCAUACAUUCGGCCGUACGGGGCCCUCAACAAUGCAAGAGCGACGAUACUCUAUUAGGAGUCUGGCUAUUGAGCCUGUAUGAGGUAAGACAUGGAAGUCAGAGAUUGUCCGGAUUGCGUUUCACUGACACGCAUGCCAUGAAGCUCCUAUUGGGUGCGCGAGAAAGCGUCAACCCCGUGGCCAAAUAUUCAGGGUGGGAUAUCCAUAGCCGCGGCCUGAUCGAAUUGAUUCGGCUGGGCGGCACGGAGCGUUUUGCUAGGCGCGAUGGGCGGAAUGUGUUCUGGAUUGUCUUUAAUACUGUGCAAAUCCAAGCACUUCUAACUGGCCAGGAGUGUCCCAAGGAGAGCUGCACAUGGAUCCGUGACGUCUACAGACAUUGUGACCUAUCAGAACAUACAGUAGUUCGAGCCAGCAUUUUCGCCUACCACUGCAGCCAUAUUUGCAGCCGUAUUCGACGACUGGUCAGCAUAGGCGAUCUUGAUAAAUUGCUAUCCAGUUCAACGUCAAUCCUGCGAGAUAUUGACGGGGUGGAGAAAGCAACGUAUCCAUUAUCCCAUGAGAGACCUCUCACGGAUUGUGUUAUAGACCCGCCAUUGACACCUUACACGGCCCCUGCUCGCAUAGACCUACGUUAUGUCGGUGUCUAUACCUACCAAAGCAACUGCAGGAUGCAACUCGCGUGUAAUGCCAGGGAAUUCCUGCUGCACGCAUCCAGAGCAGCUGCUUGUACGCCUCAGCAGCGGAUUAUCUUCACCCAAUAUCAAAAUCGCUGCGUUGAAGAAUUUCGAGCCGUUGCGAACAAAGUCUUGUUCGUUAUGACUAUGGUGCUUGAUAUAGACUCUCUUACCAUAUUCGAUCAACUAAAAGGACCAGGACGUGUCACAAAUUUGUCUCGCAUUGUCGACUGGCCGGACGCAAUCCGUGUACUGUGGCCGGUGGUUCAGUGGCCGCUACGAUUGAUUGCCGCGUGCCAUCUGUCUUUGGAUUGGCAGAGAAGCGCGGCAAACGAGAUAUUGAACUCGAUGAAUGAGCAACUCGGGAUCAUGCGAUCCCUAGGAACACUAUAUUUCUCGGGCAUGCAUGUUCCUUAA